CUUCCACAAAAAUAAUGUUUACCAAAAAUAUGAAGUAUAAAGCAGCCAUUGUUGGUCUGGCUGCAUUUUUAUUUACCAGCCCAAAAGUAGGGGAGUAUCUUGAUUUCCAAAAGAAGUUAUUGUCAGCUGAUGCAUUUAAAGGAAAGUUCAGGUCUGGCUCAACCAUAAUUCCACACCCAGAAAAAGCUUACAAGGGUGGAGAGGAUGCACUUAUUGUUAAAGAUAGACUUAUUGCUGUCGCUGACGGAGUUGGUGGCUGGGCGAGUGAAGGUGUUGACCCAGGACUUUAUUCUAAACAAUUAGUCAAGUUCAUUGGAGAAGAAUUUGAUAAAAAUCCAAAUGCAACUCCUAAAGAAAUUCUUACUAUUGCUAAUGACAAGACAACUCAUAUUGGCACAAGUACAUGUGUUAUAGCAAUUUUGGAGCCACAAAAACAAGCAAUUGCUACUACAGUUCUUGGAGAUAGCUCAUAUCUCUUGUUAAGACCUGAAAAUGGCACUUUAAAGAAGAUAUUUAGAAGCAAAGAACAACAGAAGAGCUUCAAUUUUCCUUUCCAAUGUGGUACAGGAGGAGACCAUCCCAGGUUAGCCUUUGAUAUGCGUCAUCAGGUCAAACACAAUGAUAUUAUUGUUAUGGGAAGUGAUGGAGUGUUCGACAACUGAUUUGAUGAAGAAAUCAUUGAGAUUAUCCAAAAAGACUCUAAUUCAAAGCUUGCGCCACUUGAGGCAGACCCCAAACAGUUUUCAGAGAAGAUAGCUCAGCUUUCUAGUGCCCAUGGGCAUGAUAGAACCUGGAGAUCUCCCUUCCAAGUUGAAGCGGAGAAAGCUUAUCGUAGAAGAGUCUUUGCAGGCGGAAAGCUCGAUGAUGUCUCUGUAAUUGUAUCCCAGAUUAGCCUUGAAGAGUAGCAGAGAUUGUGUGGUAA